AUUUUCAUGCAGUAAAAAACAACUUGUUGAUAAUAAUUUUAAACAGGGUCGCAUGCAAAACUAGUCAACCUUAUAAAAAAUCUUAUUUGAUUGAAUACCAUCAGCUGUUUUAUAGAAAGCCUGAUUAAAAUUUUUUGGAUAAUAUAUAACAUAGCAAUGUAAAUAUAAAAAUUGUUUAAAUUGUAUAUUAUGCAUGAUUUGCGAUUGAACAGAAUGGUAUCACCUUCAUUCUAUCCAGAUUGAGCCUUUUUGGUAUAUACGGAAGCAUAAAAAGUCUAAAAGUAAUAAUCGAAGGUCAACAGUGAUCAUCUUUUUCUGAGCUAUAAUCCUAAUAUAUGAAUGCCCAAGAAACAUGCUUCAUGUCUUCCGGAACUGUCUAAGAAGGAAGAUAAAUAAAAACCAACUAACAUCAAUAUUUAUACCUGAACAUAGGUCUUUAAGGCGUAUUGAAAGCUCUGAAUUUAGAGAAUAUCGAAUGCUUUUCAAUGAAACAAUAAAAGGAUAUACAUGGUUUAGAUACACAGGUGGUAAUGGAAAAAAGAUGUAUACAACAGAAAACAUUUCAAAAAAUGGCGAAAAGGACAAAGAAGGUCAAAUUGUAGGGAAGGAAGAACAGAAAGGAGACAUUCCAUUCAUUAUCCCUCCCAUUUCUCCCAGUGUUGAUUCUUUCUACCUGUACCCACCAGAAUCAUACUUAUCGCCUGAGGAGCUUAAACGCCGUCGUCGAAUUGUCGCUCGUCGUACAAUCAUGAGUACUUUGCGCAUUUUAUUUCCAAUAGAGCACCUAUACGCCCUUUCGAGGGAGUAUCGCUUGGUUACCUGCUAUCUCAUAUUUACAACGCUACUGUUGGUUUUUUAUUUUAUUAAGCCAAAACCUAUGUAUUAUUUUUAUACCGAUGCAGAUCCAGCAAUUGAUCAAAAUAUUGAAUCAGUACAAUAUGCACUGAAUCGAAAACCAGUUGUUCCUGCACAAGAGGGUGAUUCCUAUUUUACCGACACUACCAACGCAUUUAAGGCUAUUUUGUCUCGUUACUCUCCUGUAAUUUUUUGCCAAAAAUUGGGAUAUUUUUUUGCUUCAUUUUAUGUAGCUCAUCGUGCACUUUGGAAUUUGGCACUCGGCCGUCCACUUACAGAGGCUGAGAAAAUACGUGAAAUCGACAACCCCUCAUCCCUCGCUGAUAUUCUCGAAGAAUGCGAAACUCAACAUGUUUCUAAACUUGCUCAACUUUUGGGAACUGGACAUUUUCCAAGUAAGCCUUGGCGUGCCAUUCUUCCACCAUCUCCAUGGGCUCCCCAUCUAACUCUCUAUAUUGAUUCCAGUCUAUUAUACACGAUAAUGCUAGAUGAUAACGGACAAACGGUUUUACGUAAACGGCCAUAUGCUGAUUAUUUGAUGGCACAGUUACACGAAUGUAGCGAAAUCAUUUUAUCCUCUCACAUACACACUAAAACCACUGCUCCCCAAUUCUUCAAGUUAUUUGAUCCUUAUCGACUAGCAAGUCAUUACAUUACUAAAGAAGAUCAUCGCUGGACUGUUACUAAUUUCUUAAAACCUUUAGAAGAAAAUCACUUAGGUCGUCGUCCUGAGCGGCUUGUUGUUUUAGAUAGCAGCCUUCAACACUGUGGUUCUAUGUGUUCGAACGUUUUAAGAAUUUCCUUGUGGGAUGGCAAUGAAGAAGACUCGACAUUAUUCGAAUUGGUUCCACUUUUGAAAUAUCUUGCCAAUGGAAUUGAAGAAGGUAUCGACACCAGAGAAGUUAUUCGUCAGUAUGAAAAUAAAAAAUCUUCUUACGACAUCAUCAAGGAGCAUGUAAGAUAUACUGGCUUUGAACCAGUCGAAGAAGAUAGUCUAUUGAAAGACAAAAUUUUGAACAGGCAGUCAGAGCCUCCAAAAUCUGACAUAGACGAAUAUUCCAACGAAGACCUUGUUGUUGAAUAUGAUGACGAUACUAAUGAAAUAUUUGAUAGUAUCAAAAAAGAUUUAUCGGGCUUUAAAAAAGUAUAAUAAUAUAACAUACACUAUUUUGUAAAUUAUACAAAUUCUGUAAUUAUACUAA